AUGUCCGCUCCCGCCCCUGCCCCCGAGGUGAAGAAGACCUCGGGUAAAGCCGGCCUUGCCGGCUUCGUCUUCAAUGGCAGAGCCGUUGACGAGACGGACGUGCGGUUCCUGUUUGCCUUUUUGGUAAACAUGAAGACAAAGGCAAAAAUGGACUGGCACGGUGUUGCCAGCGACACGGACGUGCGGACCAGGAAGGCCGCAUACGAGCGUUACCGCAUUUUGCGGAAGGAGUUCGGGCUCCCCCUCCCCGCCGAGCCCGCCCGCUUUGCCGCCGACGCCGCCGCCGCCAAGAAGGCUGUUGUCGGUGCCCGCGCCCCCGCCGCCGCCGACGAGGAGGAGCGCGAGGAGGAGACCCCCCGCGCCACCCCCGCCCGAUGCGGUGCCCUUGUGCUUCUCGUGGCUCAUAAGUGA